AUGAAACCGCAAAUAUCCCCGGAAAAGUACAUCACGGAGCCGUAUGGCAACCGCGCGCCCUUCGCGGAGCCGUCCUGGUACAAUCCCCUGGCCUCGCCGUACUACAAGGCAAGCCACCGUCGAGUGCGUGAUCACGUUCGCAAGUACAUCGAGGAGCACAUCUCCCCAAAUAUCCUGGACUGGGAAGAGAAGGGGCAGGUGCCCGACGAAGCGAGGCUCCAUUAUGCGAAAGCAGGGUUGAUAUAUCCCGACUUGCCCAAGGAAUACCGUCAAGGCGUUCCGUUGCCGGGGGAUGUCCCGGCUGAGGAAUGGGAUGUUUUCCACUCUCUCGUCGUGAGCUACGAAUUGAGUAAGAUAUGGGCGGCCGGCGUCUCGGCCGGCAUGUCCGGCGGGUCCACCAUCGGGGUUCCUCCUGUCAUCCACCACGGCACGGAUGAGCAGAAGAAACGCUGGCUUACCGGCCUUUUUACUGGCCAGACGAGCUUUUGUCUGGGCUGCACAGAACCUACCGGUGGCUCAGACCUAGCGAACCUAAGAACUACGGCAAUCAAGAGUGAAGACGGCAGUCAUUAUGUGGUGACUGGACACAAAAAAUGGAUCACAGGCGCAUUGCGAGCUACUCACAUGACGACCGCUGUGCGAACCGGUGGCUCGGGGGCCGGCGGCAUCUCCGUCCUUGUUAUUCCCCUCGACCUUCCGGGAGUGUCCCGACGCAGGAUCACGAACAGUGGCUGGAAUGCUGGAGAUAGCACGUGGGUGGCGCUGGAUGAUGUCAAAGUACCGGCGGACCACCUCAUCGGGCAAGAGAACUCUGGGUUUCGUUACAUCAUGACAAACUUUAACCGGGAGCGCUUCAUUCUCGCAGUCCUCAUGAACGGACAAGGCCGGAUCUGUCUCGAAGACGCGUGGGCCUACGCCAUGGACCGUCACACCUUCGGCGAACCUCUGAUGGCUCAUCAGAUCAUCCGUCACAAGCUCGUGUCGAUGGCGCGCUACGUCGAGUCGCACUGGGCCUGGCUCCAGCAGAUCGCGUACCACGCUCAGGUGACGGGGUCGAUGGGGACGGAGCUGGCUUCGAGGAUCGCCUUGGCCAAGGUCCACGGAGGCCGUCUCCUCGAGCUUGCGAACAGGGAAGCCCAGCAGAUAUUCGGUGGCGCGGGAUACCAACGAGGCGAGGUUGGAAUGAGAGUUGAGCAGAUCAACAGGGACUUGCGGGUGAACAUUGUCGGAGGCGGGAGCGAGGAAAUCAUCUCGGACCUGGCUGUGCGGCAGGAAAUAAGCGCAGCUGUGAGAUGA